UUUUCUAUUUACCUCACGCAAGCUUUUCAAACGAGUAUUGAAUGGCGACUGGGGUAAACAUGGGCAAAUCUAUGAACUGUAUGCGACUAAAUGAUAAAUAAUUUAACAUGAAAUCUUAUUUAACAAUUAUUUACUAUUCGGUGAAUUGAUAAGCUCAUAAUUCAGUUUAAUAGGCAAGUCAUUUACUUAGCAAGCUAACUCUCAUGGGCACCAAUGAGGCGAAACGCGCUUAAAAAGACCCAAGUGUUCCGUUAUUCGGUUUAGUUUGGGAUCUGUCCGUUUUUCGUUUCGUUUAUCUCCGGCUAUUUAUCUUGAAUAUCAGAAGAGGCCUGUGAAUGGAUCCAACGCGUUUGCCUGAAAGUCUUGCGGAUUCUGGAGGACAUUUAGCGGAGGAGAAGUCAGUAGAUGAUCGUGUAGCGGUGACUGAUAAUGGCCGAGAAGCUGAUGGGGAAUCGGAAAAAACUGAAGAAACAGAAUUGGAGAACAAAAACUUAAACUGUCACGAGGAAAGAAGGGUCAAUGGAGAACUGACUGAAGAGGAAUUAGAUCCCAGAAUCCAGGAGGAACUUGAGCAUCUAAAUGAGGCCAGUGUUGAGAUCAAUAAGCUGGAACUGGAGCUGCAAGAGGUCCGAUCCAGCCACAGAAGAAUAAUGAAUGAAUCUGUGCUUAAAAUCAAAGCAAAGAGUUCUGAACUAGGGUCCUGUAUCGAGAAGGCCCGGCCUUACUAUGAAGCACGGAAAAAAGCAAAAGAGGCCCAGCAGGAGACCCAAAAAGCUGCGCUCAGAUUUGAGAGAGCCGUCUCUUUGCAUGUGGCUGCUCGGGAUAUGGUCCACGUGGCUGAACAGGGCCUCACCACAGUUAAAACACUGGAUCCAGCCUGGCAAGAGAUGCUGAAUAAUGCCACAUCAAAGGUGAACGAGGCAGAGGACGAGCGUGUUAAAAGCGAACACGAGCACAUGCGGGUCACCCAGCUGUGUCAGGAGGCCGAGGCUCAUGUGCAGGAGCUGCAGAAGUCUCUCAAGAGAACCAUUGCAAAGUCUAAGCCUUAUUUUGAGCUCAAGAACCAGUUUGACGAAAUGCUGGAGGAGCACAAGUCAAAGAUUUUAGAGCUAGAGGAACAGAUUUCCAAAGCCAAGAUAAACUAUUCCAACACCUUGCGGCACCUGGAAAAAAUAAGCGAGGAGAUUCAUGCCCAGAGGGUGCAGGACCAACCAAAGGAUGGACCAAUCAAAGCAUGCAGUGGGCGGAGACCUCCUGUAGGAGCAGAGACAAUAAACAGCACAGGUACUGAAGGCGGAGCCUGUGGAGACCACCCCAGUGCAAACGAUUGGGUGGAUGGGAAAGAAGGCGUGGCUAAUGCUGUGGAAUGGGUGGAGACACAUAAUACCUCCAGGUGGGGAGACCUGGGAAGAGCUGAGGUACAGAGAUCUGGUUCGGACUCUCUUUCUAUCGUCAGCUUGAAGACCGUCAUCUCGGAUCUUGAAAAGUGCGACUCGGUUGAACGCAUCGGUCAACUCAGUAGUGAUGUUAGUUAUUCGGGUGAAGAGGGCGAAAGAGACGGGGUGGAGAGAGGUGAGGGGCGGGCGAGACACAAAAGCGUCGACAUUUCAGAGGAGUUUUUCAAACAACACAACAGAAGCGUCAGUUUGUGAGCGUACAUCAGUAAUGUUUUAUUGUUUCGGUAGAUGAAGACCUUUUGUUUCCUAACUUGAUUUGCAAGUUGUGUUAUUUAUUAUUUGACAUUUUGUAUAAAUACUUGAAAAGGAGAAAGACCAAAUACAAUGAAAGAGUUUUAUAUUAUAAUAUAUGUUUUGUGCCUUUGAGCAUCUUAAGUGGUAAAUAAUCAAUCAUGGUGUUUAAGUUAAUAAAAGCACUAUUAACGCUUUAUUAGCUUUAUCAAAAACGUUACACAUAAGGUACCAUUUUAAUCCUAAAAAGCACCAAGCGAUUUCCUAUGCAAAUGUGUAAAGUCUUAAUAACUGACAUUAAUAUAAACAUUUUCAUUUAGAAAAGAUUUUACUUCCUGCACGUAAACGUACUUAUACGUUUUUUUUCUAAUGGAUAUUGCUUUCUCAUAUUUUUUUAUUUCAAUUUCAAAUUACAUUCCUAUAUUGGUCUUAUGCUUUGGCUGCACAUUUUAUCCCAACUGACACGCACUAACAUAUUUUUGUGUAGUGUACUUUGCUAAGCAUGCAUCAGAUGUGCUUUGUUUCAUAGUGUGUUGACUUUUUGAUCAAGAGGUUUUAUUAGAACCGUUAUGCUGAUUUUGUGCAAUCAGAAAGAUGAAGUGCUGAAUAUUUUUUUAUUUUUGAUGCAGGUUUUAAAUACACCUGCCAUGGCUGUGUACGACAAUCACUUUUCUAUUUUUCAGAAUUGAAUGUUCGUUGUAAGUAUCAAGCAAUUCAAGUAUGAAAUGAACCCCACCCAUUAUCUCAUGUUUUUUAUGUAUGCUUUAUAUUGUUGACUCUCUGUGGGAGCAUCAGAUGUGUUUUAUUAUUGUUCUGUAUGAUGAUGUGCACACCAGUGACGUUUGAUUGAACAAUAAAUUCAUAUCAUCUUAAAAACAUUUGGCAUUCUGUAAUUUUACACCAAUUUGGGACAUGUCAUUACUGA